AUGAAAAUAAAGCAGUUUUUGAGUACGAAAAAUAUUAUUUCAACAAGAAAUUAUUCGCUGAAAGUUCUCGGGAUUGAGACAAGUUGCGACGACACGGCGGUGGCGAUUGUGUCAAGUGAUAGGAAGAUUCUAGCAGCUGAAAGAUAUACGGAAAGAGAGAUUCAGAGGAAACAGGGAGGGAUUAAUCCCUCGGUUUGUGCACAGCAGCACCGCCAACACCUUCCAGGUCUCAUCGAAAAAUGCCUGUCCGAUGCCGGAACAUCUCCAAAAGAGUUGGAUGCCGUGGCAGUUACAGUCACUCCCGGAUUAGUUAUUGCGCUGAAAGAGGGAAUUUCAGCGGCGAUUAAAUUCGCGCGCUCCCACAACCUCCCCUUGAUCCCAGUUCACCAUAUGAGAGCUCACGCUUUAUCGAUUCUUCUCAUCGACGAAUCCAUCAGAUUCCCCUUCUCAACACUUUUAUUAUCAGGAGGACACGCGUUGAUUGCGGUGGCGGAGAGUGAAGAAAUAUUUAAAUUGUAUGGUGAAAGUAUAAGUGGAAGUCCCGGCGAAUGCAUCGACAAAGUGGCACGACACCUCGGAACCCUUGGAUCAGAAUUCGAUGGAAUUCAUUCAGGAUCAGCUGUGGAAAUUCUGGCGUCAAGAUCAUCUGAAUCCGGUCACCUCCGUUACCCAAUAAGUCUGCCGCAUGUCGAGAAGGUCAAUAUGAAUUUCGAUCAGAUCAAAGGAUCCUAUUUGAAUUUAUUGGAUAGAAUACGAAAAAAUGGAGAAGACGUGGAUAUUCCAGAUUUCUGUGCGAGUCUUCAGAAUACUGUAACACGGCAUAUUGCCACGAAACUUCACUGUUUUUACGAUAGUUUAUCGGCGGAGGAUCGGUUACCCGGGCAAUUGGUUAUUGGAGGUGGAGUAGCGGCGAAUAGAUAUAUUUUUGAUGCCAUCUCAAAACUAUCCGCUGCUCACUCCGUGUCCACCAUCAGAACCCCGCUCUCUCUAUGCACUGACAAUGCAGAAAUGGUCGCCUACACUGGAAUUCUGAUGUAUCAAAACCGAUCGAAAUCGAUUCUAUGGACACCUGAAAAGAUUCCGGAUACGAUUUACGCUGAUGCGAGGACUCCUAUUGGGCUCAAUGCAUCAUCGGAAAUCCUGGAUCAGCCACGACGGCAGCUGGUGAAUUCGACGAUUCAUGGGAACGAGGCGAUUCGAUUUAGGAAUUUCGAUAAUUUUAGGAAUAAAUAA